AUGGAGGCCCGCAUCAGACCGGGAAACCAGCCUCUGGGAGGAGUUCCUGGGGCACAGCCCCUGCUGCCCACUUCCAUGGGCCCCGCAGGACAACAAGGGCGCCCCAACAUGGGAGCAAUGCGGAGGAUGAGCCCUCCCUGAGGCAUGGGACCUGUGGGACCUGGCGCAUACGGGGGACCUCCUGUAGGUGGGGCUCCCCCAGGAACACCUCAAGCAUGGACCGGCUCCCGGCAACCCGUCAUGCCUGGUCCUGCAGAUUCCACAAAUUCCAGUGACAACAUCUACACAAAGAUGAAUCCAGUGCCGCCUGGAGGCAGCCAGUCCAACUCCCCGAUGGGUCAGGGCUCCGAGGGCAGAUGGGAGCCAUGGGCGGCAUGGGGCCACACACAGGAGAGGAUCCUUAGGCUCAGGGACAGAGAUGGACUUCCAAGAAAUCCUCCUAACAACAUAAGUGGCAUUAGCCAUCCUCCAGGCACCCCUCCAGGCAAUGGCCAGCUAGGAGGGAACUCCCUCCACUCCUCCCAGAACCACAGUUCUUCUCCAAGGCAGACCAUGAGUGUGUGA